GUGGGGUAGGGGACACGCAUUUGGUAGCCGCGCGUAAGAAGGAGACUAACCUGACUUGGUGAUCGUUAGUAGGGCUUCGACAUAGUACGCGUGGGUAAUCGCGAAGAAUAUUUUUGUGUUUAUGUAUUAAUAGCGUUUGGAAUUGUUUGAACGUGUAUUUUCGGCACUAUUGUUCAUUAUGACCGACGGCUGUUGCCAAGACGACUGUGACGGAACGGUGUCCCUCAAAGUUGGAAAAAUGUCCAAGAAUAAACUCCAUCAGGUUGAUAGCAGUAUCGUUGCUGUUAAGAGUAAGUUCGAUGCUGAUAUCAUAAGAUUUUCCGUUAAUCGAAAUGAGUCUACCAGUUACGAGGACUUCAGAAAAUUAUUGGCCGAAAGGCACGAUAUAGGUCCAGAGUUGAAUUUCAAUAUUUGGUAUACUGAUCCUAUGGACGGGGACCUCUUACCGAUUAAUAAUGACAAUAACUUAGCUAGGGCACUUGUCGCUGCUAGACCACUUUUAAGAAUUUUGAUACAGAGGCAAGGUGAUGGCUUCGACGAUAUGAAUGGUUAUAAUACAAUCAAGCCAAAAAACAUAAUAUCGAGUAUACUUGGUGGAACGCCUGGGAAACCAAAACCUCUUGCAAUAUCAAAUCCUCAUGAUUUUAGACAAGUCUCGGCGAUAAUUGAUGUUGAUAUUUUACCAGAGACAUGCAGACGUGUGAAACUUUUAAAACAUGGUCUAGACAAGCCUCUUGGUUUUUAUAUUAAGGAUGGCGAGAGUUUCAGAGUAGGUUCCACAGGUAGUUUCGAGAAGGUUCCUGGUGUUUUCAUAAGUAGACUCGUACCUGGUGGCCUUGCGGAGGGAACGGGUUUAUUAGCAGUUAACGACGAGGUGCUGGAAGUUAAUGGCAUCGAGGUUGCAGGCAAAACUCUGGAUCAGGUUACAGAUAUGAUGAUUGCUAAUUCAUCGAACUUGAUAAUUACGGUUAAGCCUGCAAAUCAGAGAGCAGCCUUGGCAAUGCCGCGUCGGGGUUCCUUUUCGCGCAACAGCCAACUGUCAUCCGGCAGUCAGCAGUCGAUGCAAAGUGCAGCCACGGGCAGCGACGAAGACGCUGACGAAAUCGUGGACUUAACAGGAGUUAAUCUUCACGACGACGCGACAGGUGCAUCGCACCAUCAGACUCACCAUCAUCAUCAGUUCAGUCAUCAUGACCAAGGCGUUCUGCAUCUCUGAUUGGUCGCCUGUCGAUUACUCAUCCCGAGACGACAAGUGACUUCCCUUCUCCCCUCUUACCGUUUAGGCAUAACCUCGUAAAAGCACCGGGGAUGGCACUUUGUGCGCGACGUUGCUGCUUUUCUUAAAAUUGUAUAACAAUAACGUCGCGCAUGAAGUACCAUCCUCGGUGCUUUUACGCGGCUAUGCCUAAAGGGGCAGGAGGGGAGUCGCAAAGGAUCGGGCCAAUUAAUUUACUCGAUACUUAAUAUACGCGCGAAAUCUCGUUGCUCCUUGCGUGACUAGUCAAGGAGACGCCAGGGGGCGCGUACCCAAUCACCAGAGGAACAAGGAAAAUAAUUUUAUUUAACAAAUAUAAAUUAAAUUAAUAUGUGCGGCCGAUGGAGUGUGCGGCAAUUCAUA